UCAAACAAAUGAAUCCUCAAAAUCACAACAAGAAAUGUUUAAUUCAAAACAUUAUCUGGUUGAUGAUCAUCAUUUAAUUAUCAAUAAUAAUAAUAAAAUAAUGAUGAUCAAUAAUCAACAAUUGAUAAAUAAUAAAAAUUCAAGCAAGUCAAUGACCACAUUGCCAUUAAUUAUUGUUGAUAAAAAUAUGGAAAAAUUAACCAAAACAACAACAACAACAACGGCAACAUCGGGUUUGUUUACAUUACCAAGAAAUCAUCGACAGAAUUUGAUGAUGAUGAAAAAAUCAACAUCUGUUGUUGGUAAAGAUUUAUCUGUUAAUGGUAAAGAAAUGAUUCGUUCGUUACCAUUACCAUUGAACAAUAAUAUUCAACAACAACAUCAUCCACAAUCAAAUCCAUUCUAUAUGAAUCAUUUGAUUGCUGCAAAUCGAAUUGCACAGCCAUUUGUUAAUUCAUGGAAAAAUCGUAUAAAAAAUUUACAAGAAUCAACUGCCACUAUACUUAUCAAUAAUAAUCACAAUAAUAAUCAUCAUCAUAAUCAUCAAAAAAUUAGUCAAUUUAUGGCACAAUAUAAAGGAUCAGCUUGGCGUGAAAAACAACUUCAAUAUCAGAUGCCUGAUCAUGAUGAUGAUAAUGAACAAAUUUUUAAUGAUCAUCAUCAUCAAUCGAAUAAUAAUAAUAAACAAAAAUAUUCAGCUGAAUAUAAAUUUUUAAGACAUAAACGACGUAAAGCAUUAAUACGAACUGAAUUAUGUCAAUUGGAUCGACAACAACAACAACAGCAACCGCAAACAUGUUAUCAGUGUAAAAAUGAAAUCGGUAACCAAAUACAUUGUGUGAAAGCAAUUAUAUCGAGUAACGAAUCUCCAUCAUCAUCAUCAAAUCAAAAACGAUUACAUCGAUUAUUUCGUUAUUAUCAUAUUGAUUGUUUCACUUGUUGUGAAUGUAAUCAAGUUUUAGUUGAUUUAAAAGGAUUUAUUCAUCCAGAUAAUAGUUCCUCUUUAUCAUAUAAACUUUAUUGUGGUCGUCAUUUUGUUGAAUUAUUUAAACCACGUUGUCCACAAUGUCAACGACUUAUAUUCGAUGAUGAAUGUACGGAAGCUGAAGGUAAAGCAUGGCAUAUUGGUCAUUUUUGUUGUACUGAAUGUCAACGAUCAUUAGGUGGACAACAAUAUAUUAUGGCAAAUAAUAGUGGUCAAAAAUCAUCAUCAUCAUCAUCACCAUCAUUUGAAUCAAAAAAACCAUAUUGUCUUACUUGUUUUGAUAUAUUAUUUGGUGAUCUUUGUGAAGAAUGUGGUGAAUUAAUUGGCUGUGAAACUGGUGCCAUUGUACAUGAAGGUCGAUCAUGGCAUGCUGAUCAUCGAUGUUUUCGUUGUUCGCUAUGUAUGAAAAAUCUACUUGGACAACCAUUUUUACCCGCUAUGGAUGGUCGUAUUUAUUGUUCGAUUUCAUGUUCACAAGCAAUGCAAGCACAUCGUAAAAAACGUCUUAAACAACGACAACAACAGAAUCAGCAUCAUCAGCAACAACAACAACAACAAAAUCGAUCUGAAAAAAAUCAAACUACCCUUUCUGUAAGAACGGAUGAUAACAUAAUCGAUAAUCGAUUAUCAUCUGGACCAUCAUCAUCAUCGUCAUCAUCAUUAAUGCAAUUUCGUCGUAGUCAAAUGGUUGAUUAUGUAGAAUUUAUUAAAAAGAAUAAUCAAUGUUUUACAUCCAAAUAUGAUUGGUCUAAAGAACAGGAAUUUGUUGAUGUUGUUGAACAUUCAUCAAGUAUAAAUAAUGAUGUAUCAUCACAAACAUCAAAAACAACAACAACAACCGAAAUUAGUGAAGAUCCAAAUGAAUGUUUACAACGAUUAACUUUCGAUAACCACCACCAACAACAACAGAUGCCAAAAUUUAUUCCACCUUGGCCAUCGAAUAUUUUACCAUCAUCGAUGAUUAAUGAUCAUCAAUGUAAUUGGCAAAAAUCACCACCACCAGAAUAUUGUAAUCUAUUGGUGAAUAGUGAUAAUUCAUCCAAUUGUUCAUCAUUAAUCAAUAUGACACGGAAACUAAAUCAACGAAUUGAUUCAAUACCGGAAAAUGUUUCAAUCGAUUCGAAUAAUUCAAAUUCAAAAAGUUCUCAGGAAAUGGAUAAUGGUUCAUUUUUACAAUCACCAUCAACAUUGAACAAUGAAAAUCCAGCGCAUAAAUCACAAUCAACAACAAAAAUUGCCAAUCUUACUACCAUCAAAUCAAACAAAUCGGUAUCAUUCGAUCCAAAUAUACAGGAUAAAUUAAGUGAUCAAGGACAAAUACGAAUGAAAAAAACCAAACAUCGUAGUAAUCGUAAUUAUCGAUCAUCAAAAUCAUCGAAAAAUAAUUGUAAUGAUGAUCAAUAUGAUUCAUGUUCAUCAUGUUCAACUUGUUCAUCAAACACAUCUUCAUCAUCAUCGUCAUCUUGUUCAAGCGACGAAGAUGAUGAUCAAUUUGAUUUAGAUUUUCAAAAAUUUCUUAAAAUGGGUCAUUUAGUUGAUAAUAAUAAUGAUAAAAAACAAUCAUCUUCAAGUCAUUUGAAUGGUAAUAAUAAUAAUGAUGGUUGUAUUAUUUCUUAG